AGAUUGCUUACAGCAGUAUCAAACAAUACUAUUCAGAUACAUACAUUUCCUGAAGGAGCUCCAGAUGGCAUCCUUACUCGUUUCACCAUGAAUGCAAACCACGUCAUCUUUAACAGUGAUGGUACCAAAAUUGCUGCUGGAUCAAGUGACUUUAUGGUCAAAGUUGUGGAGGUAACCGAUAGCAGCAAGCAGAAAACAUUCCGAGGACACGAUGCUCCUGUCUUAAGCCUGUCUUUUGACCCCAGGGAUGUCUACCUGGCAUCGGCGAGCUGUGAUGGUUCUGUCAGAGUAUGGACAAUCGCAGAUCAGACAUGCACGAAAAGCUGGCCGCUGCUGCAGAAAUGUAACGAUGUGAUAAAUGCCAAAUCGAUAUGCAGGCUUGGCUGGCAACCUGGCAGCGGGAAGUUGCUGGCAAUUCCUGUAGAUAAAGUUGUUAAACUAUACAGAAGAGAAACCUGGGAUAGUCAAUUCGACUUAUCAGAUACAUCCAUCACACAGACCUUGAAUGUUGUGGCCUGGUCUCCUUGUGGGCAGCAUCUGGCAGCUGGAAGCGUGGAUGGGAGUAUAGUGGUGUGGAAUGUGGAAACCCAGGAGUGCAUAGAGAGGAUGAAGCAUGAGAAAAAUUACUCAGUUUGUGGACUGGCAUGGCACCCCAAAUACAGCCAAAUCGCUUAUACAGACACUGAAGGAAAUUUGGGGUUGUUGGAAAAUAUUGGUGAUAGAAAGAAACCAAAUGACGAGGUGGCCAGUACAGUGACGAAGGGCUACAACGAUCUCUUUGAUGGAGAUGACGACGACUAUUUAAAUGGAGAUAUGAUUGAACCACAGUCUUCCCCAAAGGCUGGAGCUAAUGAAGAUGAUGCUGAUGACGACGACCUUAUGCCAACUUCAGGCCAUCUGAGACGGGCAAUAAUUGACGAUGAUGAUAACUCACUAGAUAUUGGGAUGAUAAAAGCCAAUGCCAAUCUUCAAAAGGAGGAUGAUGACAAUGAUCAGACUGGUGACUUUCCAGCUUUACCAACACCUACACAACAGCCUUUCUAUGAUGGGCCAUUGCCAACCCCCAAGCAAAAACCGUUCCAGUCUGGCUCCACUCCUGCACACCUCAUGCAUCGUUUCAUGGUGUGGAAUUCUGUUGGUAUCAUUCGCUGUUACAAUGAUGAGCAAGACAAUGCUAUAGAUAUAGAGUUUCAUGAUACCUCUGUGCAUCAUGCAACCCACCUGCCAAACUCUCUGAAUCACACGAUGGCUGACCUCUCUACCGAAGCUAUUUUACUAGCCUGCGAGAGUACAGAGGAACUUGCGAGCAAGCUCCACUGCAUUCAUUUUAGCUCCUGGGAUGCAAACAAGGAGUGGACAGUAGAUAUGCCGAAGGAUGAAGACAUUGAGGCUAUCUGUCUCGGCCAAGGCUGGGCUGCUUGUGCCACUAGCGCCUUGCUAGUUCGUGUGUUUACGGUUGGAGGAGUUCAGAAAGAGAUCUUCAGUCUCCCAGGUCCAGUGGUGUCUAUGGCAGGACAUGGAGAGCAGUUGGUGGUUAUUUAUCACAGAGGUACUGGGUUUGACGGGGACCAGUGCCUCGGAGUACAGCUGAUGGAGCUAGGAAAAAAGAAAAAACAAAUUUUGCAUGGAGACCCUCUUUCUCUUACAAGGAAAUCCUAUUUGAUAUGGGUUGGAUUCUCCGCAGAAGGUACCCCUUGUUACGUGGAUUCUGAGGGAAUUGUGCGGAUGUUGAACCGAGGACUUGGGAACACUUGGAUUCCAGUGUGUAACACGAGGGAGCAUUGCAAAGGAAAAUCUGAUCAUUAUUGGGUAGUUGGCAUCCAUGAAAAACCCCAGCAGCUCAGGUGUAUUCCUUGUAAAGGAGCCCGAUUCCCUCCUACGCUACCACGGCCUGCUAUAGCAAUAUUAUCUUUUAAACUUCCUUACUGUCAAGUUACAACAGAGAAGGGACAGAUGGAGGAACAAUACUGGCGUUCUGUUGUGUUUCACAACCAUGUGGAUUACUUAUCAAAAAACGGCUAUGAACUUGAUGAAAGUGCAAACAGUCAGUCAGUGAAAGAACAGCAAGAACUUUUAAUGAAGCUGUUUGCCCUUUCUUGUAAACUGGAGCGUGAAUUCCGUUGCGUGGAACUUGCUGACCUCAUGACACAAAACGUUGUGAAUUUAGCUAUCAAGUAUGCUUCUCGCUCCCGAAGACUAAAUUUAGCUCAGCGACUUGGUGAAAUGGCUGUAGAAAAAGCAAGCGAGUUGGCAACAGCAGCGGAAGAUGAAGAGGAGGAAGAGGAUUUCCGAAAGCACUUGAGUGCUGGUGGAGAUUAUGGAAGAUAUUUUAUGUUUGCAUUUAUAUUUGCGGCAAAGUAUUCUGGCAACAAUAGUGAUGUUGUCGUGGGCUCUGAAGAAGGUGGCAAAAUUCAGGACCAAGAAGUGGAAGAUGCUGAGGAGACCGAUGCCUGUGAGGAAGCAGAAGAAACACCAGAAGUGCAUAAACAGAGGCCAAAUCCUUUCUCCAAAGGUGUCACUUCAGCAGAGGUGACUACUCCAAAGCCUGUUGUAAUUGCAUCAAGCAGCCAAGGACGAGUGAAUCCCUUCAAGGUGUCUUCUAACAAAAAGGACCCAGUGGUCCCCUCAGCGAGUGUUCUGGACACGAUGAGCAAAUACUCAAAGAAAACUUCUUUGUGUAGCAGUCGAGCUGUAAACAAGCAGAACACUCCAGUAAUAAAGCCUCUGAUUCCCAAACCCAAGUCCAAGCAGGCUUUAGCAGCCUCCUUCUUCCAGGCUCGCACACCGAACUCCAGUGAAAAAACAGUGGAAGACAGACAAGAAAAAGCAGGAAACGAGUCCCAUGAAGUCAAAGUCACUGCCCAGGAGAGCACUGAAAACAGAAGACCAAAGACAGGAUUCCAGAUGUGGCUCGAAGAGAACAGAGCAAACAUUUUGACAGAUAAUCCUGAUCUGAACGAAGCAGAAGUAAUAAAAGAAGGCAUGAGUCGAUUUAGAAUGCUGUCAUCUGAAGAAAGAAUGGUGUGGACUGAGAAAGCGAAAGGAGGAACAGUUAAUGAUUUAGCAGAAGAUAAAAAGCGAAAGCGUCCCACAGCUGACGAAGAUGAAGGCAAAAAGAACCAGGAGCAAAAACCGGAGGACUCGAAUUUAUCCAAAAAACCAAAGCCUUUAGAUCAAUCUACAAAUGUCAGAUUGUCAGCUUUCGCCUUCAAGCAAAGCUGA